AUGAUUCGGCAGGCAGAUUACUCUGCAGGCAGUGGGAGUAGCGCUCCUGCUGGACUCGCACCGCAUGCUGUCCAGUCCUCGAAUCGGCCUGUUGUGCCCAUCGUAUCGCAACCCAUAAGCAAGCCCAUCGAAUUACCGCCACAAUACCGCCCAAGGAAGCCACGAAAACAAGUCAACGUCGCUUGUCAGCCCUGUCGUAAACGCAGAUCAAAGUGCACGGGCACGGCGCCAUGCUCACGAUGCGUGGCAGAAGGCAACGAGUGCGUUUUUGAUGGACGAAAAGAUGCACAAGAACGCAACAGGGAACUUCGAAAUGCCGAAAAGGCCCUAUCCAAGGUGUUUCGUGUGCUGAAAAAGCUCGAAGCCGGGGAUGCUCCGUCGACGGCUGCAUUUGCUCAGAUCAAACGGUUGGCAGAGAACAGCACCGAGUUUUCUGCAUUCGCCCGUGAGCUCUUGAAUUUGGAUGAGAAGACGAGUGCUUUCGACUUUGCCGGCUUCGAUGGAACGGACUCUAUUGUGCCAAAGCAUGAAGACGAGUCGCGGGGAUCAAUAAGUUGGUCACAUAUCUCACCAGCACAGACUGGCGAAAAUGAAUCUACGGUAGGGCGACCGAGUGCUUCCAUCAGAGCGAUCACGGCUGACAAUGCCAUAGCCUCAGUCGUCANNAAUCUACAAAGUCCGCCAGAUGUUGCCAUGAACGAAACUGCAUUAACAUGUUCACGGACACCUUCUACCAGCACAAACCUUCAUGCCGAACAACUGAAUGUAGGCUUGAGGUCCGACUUUGGCAAUCUGCCAUUUUCGAGUGCCAUCAAGGCCAAUGGCUACCCUGCGCACAUCCAACAACAACAACUACAAAAUCUCAGCACUACUGCGGAGUAUAGCAUGCUACCACUCCAUUCAUUCGAAUCCGAGGCACUCGGCAGAGCAUAUCUGAGUUUCAGGGACGCAACACUGCAAAUGAUAGCCGAUGGAAUGCCCGCCCGCGACGUCCUUGGACGACACGAUUUCAUCAACCUGGACCUUUNNUUCUUCCGCGAGCGUCUGCCUACGGACGGACACUCUGUCAGUACGUUCGUCUGCGAGAUUCUGAAGAACCUUGCAAAUCCAGAUAUAUACGCAAAACUGGCUACUAUAGUCUUGCUAGGACCCUUAAUGAAACACCUCACCNCAGCAAUCCGCGGCGUCCUAAUGACCGCCUACAACGAAGAAUGGCUAACGCCAGAAAACCAAAUCACCGCAGCCCCAGUCAUAAACUGGCCGCACGAACUCGACAAGGCAGUCUAUCACGACCUUACCGCCGGUUGUUUGCGCUUUACAAAGCACUUUGAGGACCACGUGUGUGACCCUAACAAUUGGACCUUCUCAAAACGUGUGUUGGAAGUGUUUCCGAGUAUACAGGAGCAUGGCGCUAUCAUUGCACCCAGGCCUGGCGAAGAAUGA